ACUAGUGCCCUACUCUACUGCACCGUGGAACCAAGAGCCCCUUUCCCUCUCUCUUUUGAUCAUUUCAACAAAGUGAAAUAUACAGUGGUAAAUAUCGCACGCACGCAUCGGCCUCCCCGAAAACGUCCAAAUUCCUUCUGCCCAAGGGAGAAAAAAGGGGUCUUGUUUGCUUUCUUUUCACCUCAUCUGCUUGUUCCCCUCCUCCAUGGACCUCAACGCAACACCAUGCUGCGGCUGCUGCACUGUUCUCUAGCUUUCCUUUCUGGAGCGCUUCUGUUUGUCGCCGUUCCUACUUCUAGGCGUGCGCCUUUCAAAAAUCUCCACUUCCCCCAACGAAGCAUUCCCCUCGUUCUGCUAUAAAACUCGUCCAAAAUUUUUCCAAAUCAAACGCAGUCGAUCGAUCGAACACAGCACACCCAAAAUGCCGCGUUUCCACCAUUGCUCGUCCAUGUUCCCCCUGCUGAUCCUCCUCUUCAAUCUUCCUACAUGGUCUGUGCAAGGAUUAGUCACCAAUGGGGGCCACCAAGACCUCUCUUUCCUCCUCUCCUUCAAGGCAUACAACCCAAACAACGCCAAGUCCCUGGCUACCUGGGUCGGCCCCAACCCGUGCUCCGGCUCAUGGGCCGGGCUCAGGUGCUCCAGGGGCAGAGUGGCAGGCGUCUUCCUUGACAACGCCGGACUCGCCGGCAGCGUGGCGCCUCUCCUCAGGCUCACCCAGCUCAGGGUGCUCGCCGUUAGAGGGAACUCCCUGUCCGGCCCUCUCCCUCCCCUCGACAACUCCACGAACCCGACCCUGAGGCACCUGCUGCUCUCCCACAACGACCUCACCGGACCCCUCAACCUCUCGCUGCCUUCUCUGGUCACUCUGAAAGCAGAGCACAACGGAUUCCAUGGCGGCCUGCGAGCGGUGCGCGUGCCGAUGGUCAGAAGGUUCAAUGUGUCCAUGAACAUGCUUGCCGGCGAGAUCCCCGGCUCGCUGUCGGGUUUCCCGAGCUCGUCUUUCGCCGGCAAUCUCGGUCUCUGCGGCACGCCUCUCCCGAGAUGUGUCCAUGCGUUCGAUGCACUGGAAGAUGUCGCUCAAUCUCCUAUUGCGGCAGCAGAUAUAAGUAAUGGAAGACUCAGUAAAUUCAGCUUGGCUGCGCUCUUGGCCACUGGCAUUGGCAACGCGGUGCUCAUCACGGCCUCGUUGGCCAUCUCGGUAGCCAUGUUCAUCUACAUGAGAAGAAAGCUGAGAUCCCAAACAAAGGACGAAGCGGCUUCUUCCAGAGCGGGCCUCUGUUUCGAAGACGAAGACAAGAUCAUCAUGAGGAAUACCAACGACGAAGAGAAGCCGUGCGCGCAGAAGAGCGGCGCGCUGGUGCGCUUCGAGGGCGGCGAGGAGCUGCGGCUGGAGAGCCUCCUGAAGGCCUCGGCGGAGGUGCUGGGGAAGGGCGUGUCCGGGAGCACCUACAAGGCGGUCCUCGAGGACGGCAUCGUGGCGGCCGUGAAGCGGCUCAGCGCGCUGCAGUUCCCCGCGGGAGGGCGCAGCGGCAGGGCCUUCGACCGGCACAUGCGGCUCGUGGGCGCGCUCCGGCACCGGCACGUCGUCAGCCUCAGGGGCUACUGCAGCUCCAACGGCGAGCGGCUCCUCGUCUAUGACCACCUCCCCAACGGCAGCCUACAGUCCCUUCUGCAGCUGCAAGGCAAUGGCGAGAGAAGGCUAGGCUGGGCGGCGAAGAAGAGCGUCCUGUUCGGCGCGGCGCAGGGGCUGAGCUACAUACACACGGCGGGGAUGGCGCACGGGAACGUGAAGCCGUCCAACAUCCUGCUGGACGAGCGUGGCGCCGCGUGCGUGUCCGAGUGCGGGCUCAUGAGCUACGCCGCGGCCGGCAUCGUCCAGCAGCAGCAGCAGCAGCAGCCCAGGUGCCCGCCCGAGCUGAUGUUCAACGGCAGAGAACGCGGCGGGGGAUGGCGCGGGUACGCGGCGCCGGAGCUGCAGGCGGCGCCGGGCGCGAGGGCGACGCAGGAGGCGGACGUGUACAGCUUCGGGAUGGUGCUCCUGGAGGUGGUGACGGCCGGCAAGGGCAGCGGCGAGGAAGAAGAGGGGGAAGGGGAGGAGACGAUGGGGAUGGUCAGGAUCGGCGUGCUGUGCACCGCCGAGGCGCCGGAGGAGAGGCCCCGGAUGGCGCAGGUGCUCGCCAUGAUGAGCGAGUUCAUGUGAAGCACUGCAAGUGUUUGAAGAACUGUCAUGGACCCAUGAACGGUAUUUCUCAUUUUUCUCCUCUUGCUUUGCAGCUGCAGCCUGCAGCAAGAGAUCGAGGCGAUGCUGCCAUGAAUGUAAGACUGGAGAAGUAGAGAACAAGUUUUAAGAGUUGGAUGUUGAUUUGUUGUAAUCUGAGUAGUUUAUGUCGCUAAUCAAAUGCAUUCAACCCGGCGACCGGCGCCGGUGCAGCCGAUCGAACUGUUCA